UUACUUCCACUAUCUUCGGCAUGUAUCGGCUUCACAACACUUCUGUUAUUGUUCCUCGAAUGGGAUAUUCACAGUGGCCGGAUGCGGUACGACACCAUGCAGCCGAACCAGAGUAUAGCGUACAUUUCGGAUGUAGCGGCCCAUAGGCUGAAGCCACUUUUCAUCGCCGGCUCGAUAAGCUCCUCAACUCUUUUCAACAUCGCCUUCAUUUCUGACAGAUGGAGAACGUGUGGUCCAUUCGAGACUGUGCUGCGUCAAAAGGUUCCUACGUCAUUGGCCGUGCUACUUGUCUCGGCAGGCAGCGUCGCGCUAUGUUGCCUCGCGGGAUUUGAUAUUUCCCACUUCCCAAGACUGCACACUGCGUUUCUAGUACUUUUUAUCUUCGGAUACCUCUCUUCAGGCAUUUUCGUCUCCUGGGAAUAUUACCGACUAGAUCAAUGCCGAAAUGGGAUCCUGCGUCUUUCCUUUUGCACGAAAGCAUUCCUCUUCACCGUUGAAGCGAUACUCGGCACCAUGUUUAUUGCGGCACAGGACCGAUCCGACUAUGACCUCGGUGCCAUUUUGGAAUGGAUUAUGGCAACCAUUUUCUAUUUUUAUAUCCUCUCCUUUUCGCUUGACUUUCUGCCCGGGGAACAUGACAACCACUCCCCCAGCCCCCACAGACAUCGCGGAUUUCGAAAUAUAUGA